UGAAGUGGACAGUGCUCAGACCAGGACCAUGGAGCCCAGUGUCGUGCUCCUCCUCUCUCUCCUUGUGGGUUUCUUAGUACUCAUGGUCAGGGGCCACUCAAAGGUUCAUGGCCACCUUCCACCAGGACCCCGUCCCCUACCCCUCUUGGGAAACCUCCUUCAGAUGGACAGAAGAGGCCUUCUCUACUCCUUUAUUCAGGGUACAAGGCGGGACAGAAACCCCAACAAGCUGGAACUCAUGUUACAAGGCUCCCUCCCUGAAACUGGAUCUGGAAGUCUGCAAGACCAAGGAAUCCUUCCAUCUUCACAUUCUAACUCUUUACUCAGAAGUCAUAGGCAUCUUCGAGAAAAAUAUGGAGACGUGUUCACAGUGCACCUGGGACCAAGGUCCGUGGUCAUGCUGUGUGGGACAGAGGCCAUAAGGGAAGCUCUGGUGGACAAAGCUGAGGCUUUCUCUGGCAGAGGGACAAUAGCUGUGUUUGACCCAAUUGUACAAGGAUAUGGUGUGAUCUUUUCUAAUGGGGAACGCUGGAAGACCCUUCGGCGUUUCUCUCUGGCCACCAUGAAAGAUUUUGGGAUGGGCAAGCGAAGUGUGGAGGAGCGAAUUCAGGAGGAAGCCCGAUGUCUGGUAGAGGAGCUGCGGAAAUCCCAGGGAGCCCCCCUGGAUCCCACUUACCUCUUCCAGUGCAUCACAGCCAACAUCAUCUGCUCCAUUGUCUUUGGAGAGCGCUUUGACUACAAAGACCUUCAGUUCCUGCAUCUGCUGGAUGUGAUCUAUAAGACCUUCUCGCUCAUCAGCUCAUUGUCCAGCCAGGUAUUUGAGCUCUUUUCUGGCUUCCUGAAGUACUUUCCUGGAACCCACAGACAAAUCUACAAAAACCUGCAGGAAAUCCUCAACUACAUUGGCCACAGCGUGGAGAAGCACCAGGCAACCUUGGACCCCAACAAUCCAAGAGACUUCAUCGAUACCUACCUUAUACGCAUGGAGAAGGAGAAGUCCAACCAACACACGGAGUUCCAUCACCAGAACCUCAUGAUCUCCGUGCUGUCUCUCUUCCUUGCUGGCACCGAGACCAGCAGCACCACGCUCCGCUUUGGCUUCCUGCUCCUGCUCAAAUACCCCCAUGUUGCAGAGAAAGUCCAAAAGGAGAUCGAUCAAGUGAUCGGUACACACCGCCCACCAACCCUGGAUGACCGCAACAAAAUGCCUUACACUGAGGCUGUCAUUCGCGAGAUCCAGAGAUUUGCAGAUAUUGUCCCCACUGGAGUGCCGCACAAAGUCACCAAAGACACUUUGUUCCGAGGGUACCUGCUCCCCAAGAACACUGAGGUGUACCCCAUCCUGAGUACAGCUCUCCAUGACCCACGGUACUUUGAACAACCAGAUGCCUUCAAUCCUGACCACUUCCUGGAUGCCAAUGGGACUCUGAAGAAAACAGAAGCUUUUAUGCCCUUUUCUAUAGGAAAGCGCAUUUGUCUUGGUGAAGGCAUUGCCCGCAACGAAUUGUUCCUUUUCUUCACCACCAUCCUCCAGAACUUCUCUAUGUCCAGUCCCGUGGCUCCUAAGGACAUUGAUCUCAGGCCCAAAGAGAGUGGCUUGACCAACGUAGCUCCAACAUACCAGAUCUGCUUCUUGACCCGCUGACUGGGCUGAGGUGGCGAGGUGUCCCCACUCCUGUUGAGAAUGGCCCCAUCUUUCUUCCUCUGUGGGACCUGCUGCCAACCAGGCUGUAGGUCACUGCUCACAUCCUUCAACCUUAUUGCAGCUUCUGCAAAGCUCUCAGGUGUGUUCUUCUGCCCUGAGAAAGGCACUGCUAAAAUCAAUCACUGUCUUUCUUGAUCUGUGAACCAAGAGACUUCUGGAGGCCACAUCUCAUGCUGAGUCAGUUCCCUACUGCGCCCAGCAACCACAGUUUCCAUGUAGAAACUUCUGGUGUUCCAUCACCUAAUCUAAUGGAUGUUGGCCAUGUCAGAGGAUCAGCAGGUGAAAUUGAAGUCCAAGGUGUCAUUUCACCUGGAGGAAAACUUUCUAAUAUGUUAAUCUUGUUUUAUGCAAGACUAUGAGAACACAGAUUCUGUAAUAUCUUUUGAUUCCACUUUGCCUUUACAUAUUUGCUGCUACAAUUUUCCUCUUGUAUCGGACUUGGUGUAAGUAGAUGUGGAGAGACCCCGCUACCUGUAGCAUAUUGUAUUUCUCUUAUGAAAACAACCUGUUCUACUGGGCAUUUUAUUCUGUGAAUUGUGAAGAUGAUUCCUUCCUAACUGUGCUAUCUAAUUGAAACAAUGUUAGCUUAUUAAGAAUUUUGAGAAAUAAAAUGAAUACAAGGAAAUAAUACAUAGUAAGUUCCUACCAGCCCCCCCCAAGGAGCUGCUGCAGAUCACAGCUCAAGUUAAGAAAAACAAUGAGCCAGCUGUCUCAAAUUCCUUGAAUCUUAAUGCUGAGAAAUCUAUUACAGGCUUUGGUGGACACCAUUAGUUGAAA